CCAAACGUGCACAACACAACACAACGAGCGAAGUGUCAUUCAGUGAAAAUAGAAGAAGCAGCUUGAAAAAUUGUAUAAAUUUGGUGACCAAAACGACGUAUCAGCUGCUGCAGUGCUGAAUUCUUAGCUGAACGUGCAUCCGAUAGAAAAAUGAGCGCCGAAACUCCAACUGGUAUUAGCCGAACCGUUACCGAAACAAUCCUUCAGGAUGAAUCGGUUCCCGGCACGAGCAGCAGCGGCCCGCAGGAACCACCUGUACUACGGUUACGGUUGCAAAAGCCACGCAACGGCAAAAAAGUACAAUGGACAAACGGAACCGUCGACAACGAGCAUAUGAACAAGAAAAAGUCCAAAUGUUGUUGCAUCUACGUGAAACCGCGAGCCUUCGGCGAAAGCUCAUCCGAAAGUGAAGAUGAAUGUGAACAUUGCUUUGGUCAUGUUGAGUUGAAGAAAAAGAACCAGAAAGUUCCACCGAUGCCAGUGAAACGUGAUGACGGGGAUAACGACGACGGGGAACCACAUAAUGCUGACGGUAUUGACGGAAACUCGCUGGGUUCGUCAAACGGCGGUACUCCGUCGGAACCACCGUCAGCAUCGGGCGGAGAGUAGUGAAGUGAAGUGAAUGCUUGCUUUUUGGUUCUGUAUUGAAAAGAAAAUAUAACGAUCAACUGAAGAAUUGGCAGCGAACUUUCUACCUACAAACCUUUUAAGCAAUUAUGUAAACUUUAAAAAUAAUUGUAAUAUAAAUAUUGUUUGAACCAAAUAUGUACAUAAAUCGGAUGUUAAUAAAUUAGACAUUUUAAGAUAA